CCGGAGCCAAGGAGGGCAUCCAGGCUCCGCUCCAACUGGCGAUUCACUAGAUAGCGAAGGUUUAGGGUUUACAUGCGAGCAAGCAAGCAGGCAAUCGCGACUGAAGAGGAAGUGGAAGCUUGACGGGUCAUGGAAUGUAGCAUCGACUUCUUCGUGACGCAUGGUUGGUCCCCGCGAGCGAGCUUACGAGAUUGAUAUAGCCAGAGCGAGAGUGUCAGAAAUUAGGCGUUUUCCGGCAUGAGCGCUCCGAAGGACUCAAAUGUGCACUCUCUGGGCACAUGAUCGCGCACGGAGUGCAAGAUGAUUCCGCAGUUUUUUGAGUAGCUGCUGAAGAAUGUCAGCCAAGGUGGCUAAAAUGGCGCACACUGACAGUGCGAACGCCAGAGAUGGUCGAGAUGGCACAGAUAAGUCGUCCAAGAAGGCAAAGACUGUGCACGCGGACAAUCACGAUGGCAGAGAUGGUUCUGAGAAGCCCGCCAAGAAAGCGAGAUUUUCUCAUGACACAGCAACGCAGGCUCCUACUGAAACAACUGGUAGCACCGCUGCUGCCACCACUAUGGUACAAUCGGCCCCAUCUGAGAGAGCUCCAGUAAAUGCGUCAAAAGAUGCAGCAUCAAAGUUACAGACUAAUUCAACUGGAGCAAACGAUGUGCUUGCUAAAGCUCAAGGUCUUUUACAGCGAACGAAGGAUCUUCAAGAAAGAAUGAAAAAAUUACCCAUUAAAGCUGUCAAAAGCGGCACUUCUGCGGCCACUUCUGCUCCACCCAUUGCUCCAACGCCUGCUGUGUCUCAAGUAUCAACCGUACCAUCUCCGAUUUUGCCAAUAGCUGGAGGUAUCACCCCCAACUUAGGUGGCUCCUUCAACUUAUAUGGGAUGCAACCUGGUCUUCAAGGUCUCUUGCCCCAAGGUUUUGGUGGCAUAGCAAAUUAUGAAGCGGUGAAAAGAGCACAAGAGAUGCAGCUCGGUGGCAUAUCAAACUACGAAGCAGUGAAAAGAGCACAAGAACUGGCUUCGCGAUGGGGUUUUCAACAGGGUCCUUUGCCAAUUUUGUCCAUGGUUGCACCUCCAACUGCCGAGGAAAUUGCAGCUGCCGCACAGGCAAAAACUGUGAAAGCACCAGUGUUGCGUUUGGACGCGCAUGGCAGAGAAGUUGACGAGAAUGGAAAUGUUGUUGACAGACCGAAAAUUACAAGCAUCAGCACUUUGAAGGUUAACAUCAACAAGCAAAAGAAAGAAGCUUUUAAGAUUCUCCGGCCCGAGUUGGAAGAGGAUCCUGUUGACAAUCCGUAUUAUGAUGAACGAGUGGGAAUUGAUAAGAAGAAACUUGUAAGGGCCAAACGGUCAGCUUUUCAGUUCGUGGAAGAGGGCAAAUGGUCCAAGCAAGCCGAAAUGUUAAGACUGAAGAGUCAAUUUGGGGAUGCCAAAGCCAAGGAGAUCAAAAUGAAGCAAGCGCAGCUUUCGAAGGCUAAAUCUGAAGCAGAUAUCAACCCAAAUCUUAUCGAAGUGACUGAAAGAGUCCCUGUUAAGGAAGAAAAAGUGAAGGAUUUUAUACCUGACGUUGAAUGGUGGGAUGCUUACUUGCUACCCUCUGGGAGCUACGAUGACGUGAUGGGUGAGAAGUUUCAUGUGAAUGAAAAGAAGAUUUCUAUCUAUGUUGAGCAUCCUGUGCCGAUUGAGCCUCCCGCAGAACCAGCACCUCCUGCUCCCCAGCCCGGAAAAAUAACCAAGAAAGAACAGAAAAAGCUUCGUACCCAACGACGGUUGGCCAAAGAGAAGGAUCGUCAAGAAAUGAUAAGGCAGGGUCUAUUGGAACCCCCAAAAGCCAAGGUCAAGAUGAGUAACUUGAUGAAGGUUCUAGGAGCCGAAGCCACCCAGGAUCCUACCAGGCUGGAGCAGGAAAUAAGAAGUGCUGCUGCGGAGAGAGAACAGGCUCAUACCGAUCGAAAUCUUGCCCGAAAGUUAACACCUGCAGAAAGGCGGGAGAAAAAGGAGAAGAAGCUUUUCGAUGACCCAAACAUAAUCGAGACUAUUGUCUCAGUUUAUCGUGUAAAUGAUUUGUCACACCCACAGACAAGGUUCAAGGUGGAUAUGAACGCCCAGGAAAAUCGUCUCACAGGGUGUGUGGUAAUGUCUGAUACCAUGACAGUUGUUGUAGUGGAAGGCGGCAGCAAGUCUAUCAAGCGUUAUUCUAAACUGAUGUUGAGGCGCAUUAAAUGGGAGACAGCCGUGAAGGAAGAUGAUGACAAUAGACCUGAGGGGCUGCAGGGCGUGAAUAAAUGUGUUCUGGUUUGGCAAGGCAGCGUAGCCAAACCCAACUUUGACAGGUUUCUCAUACAGCAAUGUCGGUCAGAAGCAGCUGCAAGGAAAUAUUUCGCCGAUGCCGGCGUUGGUCACUACUGGGAUCUCGCAGUUAAUUUUCCAGAGGAUUGAGUCGUUGACGGACAUGGUGGCUGUUGUAGGCGGGUAAAGUGGAUGUUGUGGUUGUUGCAGUGGUCUUUGCCAUCCCACACUUGAAGAGCUUGUGUAUAAUAUUUUCUCUGCGACAGGAUCUUCUGGAGGCUGCUACAUAUUUGCAGUUCUUUACCUCACUCUUAUACCACCUACGUGUUCGCUACAUCCUUCGUAGACCUUACGAGGAUGACUCAAGUCGGUUUUGAUGGAUGGAGAAUAGAUCGAGACUGGUAGUUUGGUGCGCAUGCUGAACAUUUAUGCGAACCACACGAGUAAUUUACUCGAAAGUCCGUUUGGCAGUUUUUUAUACCUCUCCGCCAACUGCCUAAACUGAGAGUAGGGGGACCUUGUAAAACUCUCCUUUCUAAGCUGAAAGUGCGUGAGUUGAGCCCGCAGAUGUUGAUUAUUGGGUGCAAAUAGAGUACUGCAUUUUAAAUGACCUGAAGAUAAAUGGUAUGCUGCCUAUACAAGUGAAUUACAGUAGGACCUCUUGAUGGAUGAAGGUGAGUGACAGCUGACGGUCGUUCAUAGUUAUCGAUCGAUCGAUGUGUCGAUCAAUAACUGCAAAAUCAAUUAGUGUGUCGGUGACGCCUAUUCUCUUCGGUUUCAGCCCCGUUGCCAUAUAUAUUACACGCUCACUAAAAUAUUCUCAUUCGAACUCAAAUUGCCUCAAAAGCUCUUCACUCGUACAAACUUAAUUUGC